GUGUUUGAGUACAGCGAGGCCAAGGCACUGGAAGAGCUCUUCUACCCCGUGUACAACCUCUCCGACUUCUCCUGGGACAGCCUCAAUGGGACCCUCAACCACACAGCCCUGACGGCCGAGCUCACGGGCGUCCCAGCCACCGACCCCGCUGGCAGCUUCUCCAGCGGCAGGCUGGCGUUUCGGGUGACAGCCUACGAGGCCGGUGGCCGUGACGAGGCCCUGCCCAGCCUCCUGCACACGGCCAACAGCUCCAAAGUGGAGUUUGUCCUGGCCGGGGUGGCUCCACGGGGCAACGGCUCCCGCUUCGCGUUGGAGGUGGCCACGGUGGAGGAGACGGGGGCGGCGCGGAGGCUGCGCUCGAUGCGCUCCAUCGACGACGAGUACACCCCCACCAUCUUCGAGACGCUCUCCCUGGCAGCCGAAUCCCAAAACGACAGCUCCGUGCUCAGCUUCCUGCAGUGGAAGGCGACAGCGUACGGCUCCCAGAGCCCCAGGCCCGAGGACAGCAUCCGGUGCCGCUCGCGGGGCCUCCAAGCAGCCAACUGGACCCUGCCUGCAUCCAGCAUCGUCCGUGCCUACUUUGGGGAGGGUCUGGGCAGCGCCUACAGCAUCAGCGCCAUCAACAUCUCCUUUGGGGGUGAGGAUGGAGAGGUUUACCAGCAGAAACACUACCUUAGUUGGUGA